AUGGGAUCCUCCGCUUCAAAGCCCGCAAGAGCGGCUGCCGGUGCCGCAAAGCGCCAGUAUCCCAAACAAGCCGCCCCUCCGCCGCGAGCUCCAGCGGCACCGAAGAAAACAAAAGCUCCAGAGGCACCAACUCCUCAGCCUGCGCCAUCGGCCCCUCCUUCUCAGCCCCCAAGCUCGAGUCCUCAAGGACCGAAGUAUCACACUAAGGAGCAGCCCUCUCAAACAAGGUCUAACGCUAUCGACAUGGAUGGCCGCGACCCCGACUUUGCCGCUUCCCUUCGCUCCAUCGGGCCCGUUGACCCUUCAGCCAACUACGCCAAUUCCCCAGCAUACAGCCGCGGCCCCAUGCAAACUGUCUUCCCAACAGCUUCCAACCCAGCUCUUCUCACUGCCGCCGCACGUGAUCGUCUCACCAAAGCUGCACAGCAGGAGAUCGACCAGAUGGGUCGACCUGAUUUCGCGGGGCGAUCAUACAUGGAUGCCAUGACGAUUCACCAGGCUUUGACCAUGCGCGACGUGCAGAAGAUGCCCCGCGCGGAGAUUGAGCGUUCAUUGCGUCUUAAGAAGGGGGUUAUGGAUAAGCUUGGAGAGGAUGGAUUGAUCUCGCGGGCGACGUGA